AUGGACGAGCUCACGUCGUCUCAUGGUAUAAUCAAGGCAUUAAAAGGCUCUGAGGACCCAGUAUUUCCUGGUGGUCCUUCAAAGAUUGAACUUGCUGGAGAAACUUGGCGAUCGGCGACAAUACAUUUUCCGAAUAAAGAUGAAGUACUUGUAGAGUGGAUUCUAAGCUCUUUCAUAAAGCACAGCAAAGAUGCCUCGGGGCCAGAUGGGAAAAGUCUUGUUUUGUCUGCAGCAUACUGGUCCCUUCUAACCGAAGUCUUUUCCACAAACGUGCCUCAGCAGCAUGCACGCCAGAUCGGGGCAUGGUUAAGGUCUCUGCUGAAUCGUUUAUCAAUUCUAAAUAUUGUCAUUGCAUUCUUCAAAUGUGCAUCGCAUGGAGCCCUCGGCCGCGAGGAGCAAGUCAUUGAACCAUUCACCCGCUCAAUGCAUGCACUUUGGCCUUUGGCUUCCGCACGGAUGAACCUUGAUGGCUUGGCGGACUGCCUAAACGCAAUUCUCGAAUAUUUGGCAUCAGAUACGACGCAUUUGAAUGGUCUAGCGUCUGCCUGCCUUUUGAUUGUAAGGUCAUUUCGACAAGCUGUAGGGAAUGCAUUGGGCAAGAAAAAGGCAUUUUCGUCGUUCAUUCAACAAAGCUUCUUGCAUUGGGCCAACCUAAUCUGCAUAGAAUCUGCAGCCCCGAUCACACUAAACCGCGAAGCAAAGGCCGUCAAGUCUGAAGUAUACCAAACGGGCAUCGAGAUAUUCUUCAGCGUCGACUCCCUAAAGUCUUCAUCAAAUCCGCUUGAAAGUAUUCUCACCGAUCCGAAGUUCUCCGCCUCCAAUUUGGCGGGCUCGCAGCUGCAAAUUAUUUCGAUGCUGUACAAAUCAUACAUACAUGAGAUACGCAGGCACCGUCACGCUGUAUUUGGGUCAGGUUCCAACCAGAAUGAAGAGCAAACAUUACAUAACAAAGUCCGAGAUGCUGGGUUGAAGACAUUCGUCAUUUGCUACAAGGCAUUGUUGGAGUGCGGGAAUGUGCUUGAGGUCUGGCAGAAUAUGUUGGCGUUGUUGAAGGAGCUCGAGGAAGCGAAUCUUGUUGGGUAUGGGCUUUCGGAGAAAACAGAUGUCUUGAAUCUUAUCGCUGCAUCCGCUGUUAAAGUGGUGUCGGGACCGAAAGUUGAACAUCUAGAUGCAGCUAUUCAGAUCCUCUGUAUCCUGGUGCGAAUAGAAUAUGACCUUAUCAAUCCCUUCCUACUCGAGAUUUUCUCGGGUCUCCUUGCAUUAAACCCUUCAACCCAUGCCUCAUCUCAAACCCUGCUCCGGGAAAUCCUCGAUUUUCACUCUAAAACGCGAACAAUACCGGCUUACUUGGCCGCUUUACUUGAAUGCUUAACUAACGGAAAGGCAAUAGCGCGGUACUCAGACAUGCGCAUUGCACGUCGGGACUGCGUAUCAGGUGCUCUGCUUUGUCUCGAACACGUGGAAUAUCUCUCGCGGUGUAUCAAGUCUUUCCUCACGCCUGGUCAAACACCAGAGGUGACGUCUUCUUCCCUGGCCGUAUUACAGAGGUCAUGGUCGGCCUAUUCUGGAGUACAUCCAGUGGAUGGAACGGACAGAGAUGCAAUGGAUGUCGACGCAACAAUAUCGACAGAGUGUAAAGCGUUGGCUUAUUCUCUAGUUGCACGUAUUCUCGUAGUCAUCAUCCCAUCACUUCCCUUUUCCUCCCUUUCCGAAAAUGCUUGUGCCAUGGUUCAAGAGAACAUCGCGAAUACAUGGUCGGAACCACUUUCCAAAGCAAUUCAAAUAGCUUUUACCGACUUGGAGUCUCCGGAUGACCGUUGGGCUGCGCAGUGCAUCUCUGCUGCGACCUUGAGAGUUCGUCAUGCGCUCUUGAUGUGUCGGACCUUGAAUCCUCUAGAUUCGUUGAAGUCACCUGUCGCUUCGUCUGAAAGGAUUGUAGCACUCAUACGUACAUCUGAGACAAUGCCUGAGCUGGUUGUGGAACUGCUUCGUGCAUUCUUUGAUAUAGAUGUUUGGAGAGCUACGCCUGAUGAACGUGACAUGCUUAUUGAGGCCCUAUUAGCAUAUCUCAUGACAAAUUUGGGGUCCUUCGACUCAAUGGAUAAUUCUGAUAAUCAUUCGCAGACUGUGUGGGAUGCCUCAGUUGGCUCAUUGGACCUUUUGGAGUCUGGGGGUCAUACACGAGGUGCAUUGGCGGUGUGGCAUCUUCUGCUCGAUAGAUGGCUGCCUAUCACCGAUGAGGUCGCGACUCAAGAACACCAAAGGCGGCUAUCUCGUAUAUUCCUUUCAUGGCUUGAUUCCUGCAAUGGCGUGUCCGUACAAAAGAGUAUCUCUUUCGCAUGGGUCCUGGAUAGAGCCUUGCGGUCUGCAGCCUUCUGGGAGUUACCGAACCUCAGAGAUGCUAUGGUAGCCGAACUUGACGCCGCCACGCAAUGUGCCGUAUGGGACGAUUUGCCAAAGACUCUGAUGCACGUUCAGAGAUCAAUGGAGUCUAUGAAACCAAGAAAAAGCUCAGCUAUUACAUGGGACGAGCAGCAAGUCCGUCUCGUAUUGGCAUCAUUUAGCAUGCUCCUCCGAGCUCCACGCGAAUACCUCCCACGUAGCUCACGGUUAACAUUCGUUCGACGUGCACUUGUGGCUGAUCUUGUUAUCGUUUCCAUGGAACGUGACGGUGCUGAAUUUCCUAUUGAAGUUGGGAGGAAAACGAGAAGGAUUAUCCUUUCUUGGAUUUUAUCAAUCUCGGACACAGUUAAUAUCGCAGAAAUCGUUAAUGAUGAUGUUGUGGCAUAUACCGAGUAUCUUAUGCGCUCAGAAGGCUGGCAAAAUGAAGAUAAUGUCGAACUGAGUACGAUUACUCUUGAGUUGCUCGCGGUCUUCUUUAGACAAAUAAUCCACUCUGCUCUUCAUGGCAAAGGAGACCACAUCAGGAGUGUAUGUGUUGUGCUUCAAGAGCCCGCGUCAAAUAUUUCCCAACAGGGUCUAAUGAAGUUUAUCGAGAUACUCGUUGCUGAAUGCCCUAAUGCUAUAAAGUUACCGUCAUCAAGCAUUCAGGCGAUCAGAGACCUACAUUCGAAUAUGCAUACAAGAUACCUUUCCGCCAUAUCGAUAAUGUUACCUUCUUUGACUAAUGUAACCAAAGAACAAGUGCUUCUGGUACGCAAACGCAAAACUGUUUCUACAAAGAUGCAACAUGCUCACUCCGAGCUGGUGCUCACAGAAUCCACGAGCUGCCUUGGUGUUCAACUGUUCGAAAGACUGACGGCGUCGAGCCGCAAUUCAUCUGCAGAAAUAGCAGGAGUUCGCUCAUUUUGCACGGAAUCCUUCCUUCUACUUCUGGAAGAGAUUCAAAUUAUCAAGGAUGAAGAGCGAGUGCAUCAUUUAAAGCUGACUGCGUCCGCGUAUUUGCUUCUUGGAAGGAUGCGUCUUCUCGACGAGUCCGCUUGUGACGUGGAGCUGGGACGUAUGUUGAAGUCCAUACCACUAUACGAGUACAAGUUCUUGCUUUCUCUGCUCCGUGAAUGGAUUAAGAUCGAUCUGCUUCGGAUUGAAAGAGGUCUUGCUUCGGGCGACGAUUCUAGAGCAGUGGUGCAUCUAUCUAACGUACUUCUUGGGAAUGCACCGGAAGGAGCUAUGAAAGUUAUACAGAAUCACUUUGAAAAAUGCUUGCAUAUCUUUUGUUCCAACUCAAAAUUCGUGGCGGGAGAUGUGGACCUCAGCGUCGAAGUCCUAGGCUUCGUGGGCAGGAUAUGCUCAGAGAAGCCAGCAUAUCUUCAACAUUUGGAUGUAGGCUGGAUUUGGCUUCUACUAGACAAGCUCCUCGCGGGUUCCACAACUCGCACGUCAGAGUCUCAUCCCCGUAUAUUACAUAACAUAUGCUCGAUCGCGAGCUCGCUCAUUCGCCUCCGGCGGGACCUCGUUACUCCGACACUCCCGCACUUGGGUAUGGUCCUGCGAUCCCUAAUCCUCGCACUACAGGCACCACGACCACAACUAGGAGCACGGCAGCGUGCCCAGGUAGUCCAUAGACUGCCGUGGUGGAUCUCAGCCUCUUCGCCGCUUGGUAUCACUGAAGCACGCGCUGUGGCUCGUCUCCUUACGGUACUACAGGCAAAAACCAUACCGCGUACGUUCGCACCGCGAGAUCGCUCAAAUGAAGCGGAGAAGGGACGAACCGCAGAAUCGUUGCUGGGCGCAUUCUCUAAACAUGCUGGUCCGGUUCUUGGUGCAUAUAUAAACGCGCUGGUAGACCCACUAGUGGUGCUUGAUGCUGGUAUGCGUGAGGCACUCGCUCCUGGAUUGUAUGCGCUCUGUGAAGCGAUGGGAGAACAUGGCCGAGAUGCACUUAUGGUUAGUGGGUGUGAUGCUGCUGGGAAGACGGUAUUCAAAGCGCUUUGGACGGAUUAUGAAAAACAACGCUAUGUAGGGAAGGGGUAG